GCACGCAGUGCAUCCUGGGAAACGGAAGUACAGCACGCAGACGCACGCUCUUCAAAAAUCAACAAUGGCAAGAGGACAGACGUGGGCCCAUGAAGAGGUGACUGCGCUUUUAGAUAUCUGGUCAGAAGACUACAUUAAUAGUCUAAUGUCGUCUACACACAAGAACAACGAAGUUUUGAAACUAUUUAGUGCGAAGAUGGAGGAAAGGGGUUUUCAACGAACUGUGGCGCAGUGCCGUAUCAAAAUUAAAAAACUGCGCCAGCAGUACCACAAAGUCCGAGACAGUCUUCGCGGGAGCAUGGAAAGCGGAGAGGUAAAGGACAAAUGUCCUUGGUAUGAUGAGUUGGACGCUAUACUGGGGACAAGAAACUCAGUCAAUCCCAAAUACGUUGUGGAUUCCCUUGACGGUGAGACGAACGACAAGGAUGAGUCCACAACGGAAGGAAACGGAACUCCAUCCUCCCCAGAAGUCAGUGUUUGGAUGGAGGAAGGUGGUACAACAACAACCACCACCAGCACAAGUAUGAAUAAACAUGGUACACACGCGCCACGAUUGGCUAUUCCUGGUGCCACCAGCAGGAAAAAAAAACGCAGGACCCUUGACACAGAGCUCACUCUGGAGGCACUGCUAAAGAGGAUGGAUGAUGCCGACCGUGCCCGACAAGCCCGUGACACUGCAGAAUUAUCAUAUUUAAUGCAGAUGCAGAAGGAGGCCAGUGAGCAUUACAGUACCUUGUUCAGGGAGCAACAAGCUACAACCCAGCUACUUCUUCAGAUGAUGGAAAGACUGACAAAAUCACUUGACCCAGCCAGUGUCACAGCGGAUGCCAACAGGUCAAGUGACACUCCCACCCUGUGACUUAUCCACUCGGCCAACAGUACUACAGCCCUGUACCGAUCACACACCAGGUUACCCCUCAUAUCACCAGCAGGACACUUUGGCUGUCAUCCACAAUGUAAACAUGGCUUUCAAUGGUUAUAGAAAAAUGUUUUGCUCUAGCAGAUUUGAUUCAAUUGUUCAGUGUUCUGAUGUUUACAAUAAUUUGUUGUUGUUUUUUUUUUUUUUUUAAAAACAAUUGCACAAUCUGUGUGUAACCUUUAAUUAGCACAAAUUAUAAAUAUCAUUAGAAAUAGAGCAGCAAAUGGGGAAAAAAAGUUUAAAAAUAAAAGUUUCGGUGAUCUGACAGACAUCAAUUAAAGUAUACAGUAUAUAUUUUCUGAGAUCAUGGGGUGGUGGGGCAAUAUUGUUAAGGAAAAUCUAGAAUCUAAGAAAACUAUUUUAAUUGGAUAUUUAUAAUCACGUUUUUAGUGAAAAUUUAUUUCAACAAUAAAAUUCUACAGUAACACAGGGUUCUUAAAUUUAAAAUCUGGAUAAUCAGGACUUAAAUGGCAAAUUGCGGAAGGGAUUAAAUUUCCAGAUGAUGCAUUUAAUGCCUGGGAAAUAACUCGUCUGCCGUAAAACUUUUCAUUAUGUGCAUUUGUUUUAUUAAUGGCUUUGUACUAGACUUGCAACAAUUAAUAAACAACUAAUCGAUGAGCAAAUUAAUUGAUAACUAUUUUGAUAACCAAUUAAUCGUUUAGGACCUUAAACUUGUCUAAAUUCUUGAACUUAUACAUAGAACUUCAGUUGUAAAUAUAUUUCAUAUUUCUGUUCAAAGUAGGACAUGAACAAAAUCUGCUUUUACUUUGGAAAACAAUUCACAUUUUUGUUCGGAAGACUGCAACAACUAAUCGAUUAAAAUCAUUUGUAGACUACAGUUAAGUCCGGAAGCUGUAAUAAAAUAUUUUUGAAAGAAAUGGUCAUUUUGUCUUCAUUGUUACUUUCAACAUGCAUAAAACUAAGGUAAAUUGUGAAGGCAAUUGAAAAAAAAGUGACAUCAAUCAAAUUAAUCGAUUAAUCAAUUCUGAAAAUCGUGAGUAGCAGCCCUACUUUUAACUAAAUAAGAGGGUUUGGGAUUUAUCUGUUAUACAGUACAUUAUCAGCAACAAAACUUUCAUUUGAAUUUCACAGCUAGUCGAUAGCCAGCGCCUUCCUUCAUGAUUCCCAACACAGGUUUGCUUAAAAAAGGGCUAUCACAACCAGCGUCAUUUUUUUAGUGAAUCAGCGAAAAUGUGUAGCCCAAUAAGAAUUUAUAAAUUAAGCAACAAUCUAGCCCUGUCUAUCUCAAAGACUAGUGAGAAAAAUAAGAACUGUGACGUGGACAAACUGCAGGUACGCACUGGAGUCUUUAGCUUAACCUUGCCGAGUUUUAAUAAUCGGGUCUAAUUAAUUUAGAGAAAUUAGAAGCUAAAACCCAGCACAGGGCUAUAAUAUAAAAAAAAAAAAACCAUGACAUUCCAAAACAACUAUAACAAUCGCUAAUGCUAAAGUUUCCGAGGUACUUCCGCAUUUCUGCUUGCGACUUCCGUUUUACACUUUCUCCAUCCAAAACAACAUUGGAGCCGUCCCUCAAAAAAGCCAAAUUGGAAAUACAGCAUCCAUCUGCCAUCAACACAACAUGGGAGGACAACAUGUUGGUUAUGAAAGCAGAUGUGGAGCCACCACAAAGACCAGGUGUAUAUGUAGCCAUGUUGCCGCAGGUGUUAUGGAAGGUAUGUUCCUUCUUUUUCCUGCAUUUUCAUGUGUCCGGUGCUCCAAAAAAUACUAAAGCUUGGGCAUGAAAUGACUUGUCUUUGAUACUGUUAUUACGAUUAAUCUAAUUAUGAUUGUUUAAUAUUUACUACAACUACUGUAAUGCUUUGGGUGCAACACAUGCUAUCUGCUGCUAGCCUGUUGCUAUUCAGUACGUGUAGGAUGGUACAAUUAUGUAAAUGCCUAAAUGCAAGUGUUACAAGUUUUUUGUUUACAAAUGGAAAAUGCUGUGCCUCACAACAAUCACUGUACGUCAGUACUUCUCAAAUAGUGGGGCGGGCCCCCCUGGGGGGGGGGGGGGGCGCAGAGCGAUGCUGGGGGUGGCGCAUGUGAUCUUGGGGAACAUACUUUUUUGUCGUAUAUAAAGUGCAAUUGCACAUCCAUUCAGUGGGUGGCAGUGCCGCUCUCAUUUUGAGCGUGUGCGCAGUAUUUUUUAACCAAACGAGCACACAGCAAAGAGCACUGGAGAUAUGAAAAGUUAAGACAAGCAAACAUGACAAAGUGUGUGUAGCAUUUAGCUUUUGCCUGCAGCAAAAAUAAAAACUGUUCCUCUGUCCAAUGCCACGUCAUUUUUGUUCUAUUAAUUUUUUUUUUUUAAUCUAAUUGACAUAUUGCCCUCAUGAGUUAAUGUUGCUAAUCAAUUUGAAUUUAUUAUUGACUUUAUUAAAUUUUAUUUUUCAGUAUCAAACAGUCCAAAAAUGUAUCUUGCGUGUAUUUUUAUAGCACGAAUGUGUUUUUUUUUUUUUUUUUUUUCACUUUAUUGUACCGUAAGUUGAUCUAUAUUACUUUUUUAUUUAAUUUAAAAAAGAACACAAUGUUAUGCAGCGUUGUACUUAUAAUAUUAAGAAUUUUAUAUACAAAUGAUACUACAGUUUAUUUAUUUACAGUGGUGGCAGAGAGUUGGG